GUUAUGCACAGAUGAAUUAUUCAAGUGGAAGAUUUGCUUUUGUGAUGCAAUCGGAUGGAGAUCUUGUAGCUUUAAUCACAAGGUUCCCACCGAAUUCACUGAACGACAAUUACUGGGCAACCAAUACCCUAGGUAGUGGCUUCCAGGUUAUCUUUAACCAGUCUGGCUACAUCUACCUAGAAGCUAAGAAUGGAAGCAUACUCAGCUAUAUAGCAUCGGAGGGAUUUUCAUCUAGGGACUAUUACCAACGAGCAAUCCUUGAAUAUGAUGGGGUCUUCAGAUAUUAUGUCUAUCCAAAGAAUAAGAGCGUUACUGGUGGAGGGACCCUGGGCUGGUCAUUUCUGUCCUACGUACCAGAAAAUAUCUGUAGGAACAUCCUACUAUAUGCUGGUGUUGGAGCUUGUGGGUACAACAGCUACUGUAUUCUAGGAAAUGAUCAGAGACCUAAAUGCCUCUGCCCACCUGGAUACUCAUACUCAAAUCCAUAUAAUGACAUGAAUGGAUGUAAACGGGCUUUUGUCUCACAAGAGUGUGAUGGUCCUGAAGGCCAAGAUGCAGAUCUUUUUGAUUUCGAGGUUAUGAUCAACACAGAUUGGCCUUGGUCAGAUUACGAACGUUUUGAAUUGGUUACUGAGGAUUGGUGCAGAAAGUCCUGCUUGACCGAUUGCUAUUGUGCUGUUGCAUUCUUUAGAAAUGGUACAUGUUCGAAGAAGAAAUUUCCUCUCACGAAUGGAAGAUUUGAUACUGACCUUGGAGGAAAGUCACUGGUCAAAAUAAGGAUAGGCAAUUCUACAUCAACAUCUACUACCGAGGGCUCAAGCAAGGGUUCAAAGGAGAAGAAUAAGUCAACUUUGAUUCUUGUUCUGGCUAUGCUCUUAGGUUUCUCAGCAUUUUUUAUCUUUGUUCUGUUGAUUGCUACUCUGUGGCUUGUUUCCAUCUUAAGAUACAGGAAAACAAGCAUGCUUCAACCUUUCAGAGCAACCCAAGGCAUGAGUCUACAAAGCUUCACCUAUAAGGAGCUUGAGGAAGCUACUAAUAAAUUUGAGGAAGAACUUGGCAAGGGCGCUUGUUCAACAGUUUACAAAGGCAUUUUAGAUAUUGGUAAUAAGACUUUCAUUGCCGUUAAAAGAUUGGACAAGAUGGAGAAAGACCGCAAUGAGAAGGAAUUUCAAGCAGAAAUGAGUGCAAUUGGGAAGACAAACCACAAGAAUCUCGUGCGGCUACUAGGAUUCUGCAAUGAGGGACAACAUCGGCUUUUGGUGUAUGAAUACAUGAGCAAUGGAUCUUUAGCAUCUUAUCUUUUCGGGAAUCCAAGGCCCAGUUGGUAUAGAAGAGCUGGAAUUGCUUUUGGAACUGCAAGAGGGAUUGCUUAUUUGCAUGAAGAAUGUAGCAACCAGAUAAUACACUGCGACAUUAAGCCUCAAAAUAUCCUGCUAGAUGACUCCUUGACAGCAAGAAUUUCAGACUUUGGAUUAUCAAAACUUUUGAAGACAGACCAGACACGAACUGUUACAGAAGUAAGGGGAACAAGAGGAUAUGUUGCCCCUGAAUGGUUGAUUGGAAAGAAGCCUGUAACUGUCAAGGUUGAUGUCUACAGCUUUGGAAUUCUACUGCUAGAGCUCAUUUGUUGUAGAAGGAAAGUUGAGCAAGAUUUAGAGGAUGAAAAACAAAGGGUAUUGGCUGAUUGGGCAUAUGAUUGCUAUGAAGAAGGGAAACUAUAUCUGCUAGUUCAGGAGGAUGAAGAGGCAAUGGAGGACAUUAAGAGGGUAGAGAAGUUUGUAAUGAUUGCCAUCUGGUGCAUUCAAGAUGACCCAUCGCUGAGACCCACUAUGAAGACAGUUUCACAGAUGCUUGAAGGAACCAUUGAAGUUCCUCAUCCUCCAGUCAAUCCCCACUCAUCAGUUUAAUUUGUACCCACCAAAGCCCCAUGAUCUGUUAAUAUUGAAGAAGUGUACUCAAUAUUGUUGGCUUUUCGGAUUCAUGGGGUGAUCUCUGUUGAUCUUGUGAGGCUUCUUCUAGAUACUCUAGUUACAUGUUAUGGGAAGAAAUGUGUUAAGGGCUGUGUUUCACCUAAAUUGUUGAGCUCAUGGAUGUUUACGUUUGACUGCAUUAUUCAAUCAAAAUUACACCUAGAU